AUGCCAAUGCGCGAUAUAGCCUUUGGCAGCAAACUGGCACUUGGGACUGACAUCUGCCUUGCAAAACGGAUUCUGGAUCCAGAGGCGCCAAAUCUUCACCGUGCCCGCGGCCUUAUGCGACGCGUUCUUACGCCGUCCGAAAUGCUACAAGCUGAGUCUCGCUUUCCUCUCUUCAAAGCUGGCAGCGAAAAGGUCGACAGCACAUGGCAUCAGCCAGGGUCCCCACAACUUCGCAUGCUCAGCCAUCAUCUAGCUGGACGUUUUGCCGCGAAAGAGGCUGCCAUUAAGGCAUGGGGCCAAGCGGUCUCGUGGCAAAAUAUCAUCAUCUCAUCUACCCAUGCUGGAAAGCCGUCAAUAGCCAUCCAGUGUCGUACAACGUCAGCAGAUGAGACGACUGGCAUUCGCCAACACGGUGCGGUAUCCAUCUCUCACGACGGCGACUACUGCCAUGCAACUGUGUUAGGAGAUCACCUUGAUGAGGAACUCUUCCAGAUGCUCAUGAAGGAAAAACCGUCAGUGGCUCGUUUUCGAAUUGGAAUCGAGAAGACAACGAGUUCAAGGUCUCUUACCGGAGAUACUGACGGUGAUCCCAUCGAGCCACGUCCUCCGGAGAGGCUGCAGUCACGACUAUCCGCCGCUAUUCCGGACUCAGGACGCCCACUAUCGCCCAUGACAAGACUUUCCAGUGCCCGUAGUCGCGUUCGAGUAGGGCCCGGAUUAAGACAAGCCGGAAAACAAGUCGGAAAACGAGUCAGGCUAGAACAAGCCAGAAAAGCUGGCUUAGGCGAUGGCUCCUCCAAAUCAUGGCGCAAAUCAUGGGCCGAAGCAACUAACAACGAAGUUUCCGGCUCGCCUUCCGAAGCUGAUACUCCGAAGGAGACGGAUAAUGAUCCACUUGACGCAGACCUUUACCAAUCGCCCGUGAAUGAAAGGUCUGCUCGAGGUCUUCGUGCUUGGGCGGCUAAGACAGAUGCUAUGUUCGCACCAUGGGCCGAAGCAGCGAUUGACGACAAUGGCGACUCGUCUCCGAAAGGCGGUGCCUCCAAGGACGCAAACGCUGGUCAUCCUGAAAGACCGAGUGAGAAAUAG